AUGUUAUGGGGUUGUUAUGCUGAUCAGAUUUUAGAUUUUGAGAAGAACAAUAAGGAUGAAAAGAAUGUUGUGGUCGUUGUUCAGUUUGGGAAGUACAGAUUUUGGGGAGGUAAUUUGUUUGUCUCCAAUUUGAAUAAUGUAACUCGAGUCUUCAUAAACUCUGAGGUAAAAGAGAUUUUGGAUUUCAAGAAAAGUUUCCUUGCUCAGCUUAAUGUUUCAACAUCUUCCGGUUAUUCUGGAUUAAGUUCUUCUGCUAUCAAGUCAACGACUGAGGAAUAUCUAUCUGAUGGUUCCUUUAGUACAAUUGGAGCAUUAAGCGAAAUCUUCGAACAAAAGUUUGUUAUUAUCCUCGGAACAAUUAAGAGCUUUGCUUCAGAAGAGUCAUGGUUUUACAAUGCAUGUAAGAGUUGCAACAGAAAGGUUAUGUACAACACAAUUUGCAAGGCAAAGCAAGAUGGAAGUGAAGGCUAUUAUGAAGUAACUGUCUUGGAAUGUCAGACUGAUCGUUGCAAUAAAAGGACCGUUUUGUCUGUUCCCAGGAUAAAAGUUCAAAUUCGUGUUCAGGAUUGUACCGGGAUUGUCACUUUGACGUUGUUUGAACGUGAAGUUCUUAAACUGUUAAAGGUUAAUGCAAACCAGCUUUUGGAUAAAAACAUUGAGUUGGCCAGCGAUGGUAACUUUCCCAAGGAGCUGAAGGCAUUGUUAAAUCGGCGGUUUGCGUUUAAGAUAACCAUAGCUUCCUUUAACACAAAAAACAAAUCAGAUGGUUACUCGAUCUCGAAGUUGACUGAAAAUCCUACAAUCAUCUCCGAGCUUGAUAGGCAUUUUGAUGACUUCCAGCCUGCUGAUGAUGAACAUUUAGAUGUUGUUAUGUCUGAUUCAAAUGCAAAUGUUAACUUUGAUGUUAAGGAUUUUGUAUCCCGUACCGGUGAUGAAGACACUCCGGUGUCUAAUGUGAUCAAAAGCAUUUUUAGCACACCUUCUGGAGCUGAGAUGAACUGUUCUGCGGAGAUGGUUGAGAAUCAACUUAAGCUUAAUUUGGAUGCCGUCUAUGAUGUCGAUUUAUCUUCUUCGCAGUCGUCAACUAAACCCCGUAAGAGUGUCGGUGAUAAAGAUGAAGAUUUGAAUGUGAAUGCUGGGAUUUUGAAGCCAAAGAUUGAAAAGUAG